UCAAAAUGAUUCCUGGGCUACAAUUUUAAACCUAGUCUGGAUAUGGUUGCUUGAUUACAAACUAUCCAGCUUUGCUUGUUGGGCUAGAAUUUGAUCCAACGCAAGAGGUCGGUAAAAUGAGGACCCAGAUUGUUGGGGGCAAUAUACUGACUCUGUAAACCACUUAGAGAGGGCUAGUAUAUAAGUGCUGUCGCUGAUUAUUCCAUUUGCAUCCUAGGCCAAACAAGUAAUGGCUGAGCUUCCAUUUCCAACUUCUCUCUCUCUCUCCUUUCUAUGUUAGAGACAAAUUGGCCAAGCUACAGUGCUGCAUAAAAGAUUAAUAAUUUUAGCAAUUUUAUAACGGAGGGCAAACUUGCAACACCAAGGAGGCUGACUCACAAAUAUAAGGAUGAUAAAAAAGAGGAGAGCACUGCGCCAGUCAGUCAACGAUGGUUCUUUGGGCCGUGGAUGGACAGUUUGAUCUGUUCCGGGUCCAACUUGUUUCUCCAAAGGGAGAUGGAGCCUCCCAGGCACAGUCCAGUCCAUCGUUUCUCUCUUAGGGUCAAGUCUUUUGAAAUGCCGUCGGUUGCAAUGUUCAGACAAGAGUCAAAGACUUUGGGCAGCUGAGCAGUUAUCCUACUGUUGUACUAUGCAACUCAGAAUGCAAACAUUCUUAAUACUCCUCAAUCUGGCUUCCUGCUAGUUACCUCGCAUCGCCAGGAUCGGUGUGCCUCUUCCUUUUGUAUCGACCCAGUGGUGCUUGCUCCAGACGGACAGACAAAAGGGGCAGCGCCUAGGUAGGAGGAGGGGCUGGGUAAAGGAGGCUGCUCUCUAUUUUUAGGAUCGGAGUCGUGUCUAUAUUGGGCCUAGCAACUGCUCCGCUGGCCUUUCACCAGGGUUUGAGCGGGAGCCAAGUUCGCAGGGCAGGAGGGUGUUUUAUUCUGGGUUCGGCUUCUAAGUCCGGCCAGCCGGCAUGGAUCCGUCCCCGUGCAUGGCAGUUCAGGCCAAUCCUGAGUGUGACGCAGUCUUGGAAGUGGAGGGAAAGUGCUUCCCUGUCAACCGGUGGGCCCUGGCCUGCCACAGCAGCUAUUUUGAGGCCAUGUUCUUUGGUGGCACCCGGGAGCAUGCAGAGCGGCACAUCCGGAUCCAGGGGGUUGAGGCAGAGCCCUUCCGGGCACUCCUGGACUUCACCCGGACAGGCAGCCUCAGCCUCACCCCUGCCAACGUCGCCAGCCUUCUGCAGACGGCUGACUUCUUGCGGCUGGAGGCAGCCAAGAGGCGCUGCGAGACCUUUCUGGAAAGGGAGCUGCAUGUCUCCAACUGCCUCAGCCUUAGGGCCUACGCUCAGCACUUUGCCUGCCCGGCACUCGACUCUGCUGCCCUCAAUGUGGCCCUCAGUCACUGGGCUGACGUGGUAAUCCACGGUGAGGUUGAGGAGCUGCCCAAGGCGACUCUGAGGGAGCUGCUGCAGAGCGACGAGCUCUUCGUGGUUUGUGAGGAUGUGGUCUUUGACACAGUGAAGCAGUGGGUAGUGGCAGACCUGCCCCAGCGGGCCAAGGAUUUUCUGGAGCUGGUGGGCCUGGUGCGGGUCCCUUUCCUCAGCCUCCCCUUCCUAAGCCUCCUGGUGGAGCGCAGCAAGCGCCCUGGGCUGGACCCUCUGGCUCAGCUGCUGAAAGAGCUGGACCGCUUCCCACCCCCCAACUGGCAGGAGGCCACCCAGGCCCCCUGCGCGAGCCGGAGCUACGAGACCCUCUUCGUGGUGGCCGGGAAACGUGACCAAGAGCAGCAGGAGCUCUUCCACUUCCUGCCCAAGACGGGAGCCUGGCAGGCCUGCUCGCCACUCAAGAUCAAAAACCUCACCCAGUACGCUGUGGCUGCCGUGGGCAACCUCCUCUUCGUCACGGGAGGAAACUUCCGGGAGGAGUUUCUCUGGGCCCCCGUGGACCGGGUGUGGAUCUACAACAGCUGGGAUGACCGCUGGCUGGAGGGGCCAGCCAUGAAGGAGGCUCGCGACAGCCACUGCGCGGUGGGGGUUGGCUUCCACCUGUACGUGAUGGGGGGCAGCACCCCGGAGGGCAUCACCCCCAGCGUUGAGCGCCUUGCCCUGGCGGAGUCCUCCUGGGAACCCGCCAGUCCCCUGAUCCACCCCGUGGAACGAGCCGGAGCCACCGGUGUGGGGACGCGGAUCUAUGUGGUCUGUGGCCUGGAUGAGAACGGGGACGUCUGCCGGGCAGUUCAGCGGCUGGACAUAGAAAGAGACACGUGGGAUGUUGUUUCUUUCUCACCGCUGCCAAGGUGAGGCUGCGCCUGGCUUUCCUGGGGUGUUGUGUUUUUUUGUGGGAGGGGGAGAGUGUCCUGUGUGGCCAAAGAAGAGGCCGGGCCAAAAGGUGGGCUUGGGGGCCAUUUCUGCCCUCCGUCAGACGUGCCUUGGGGGGAAAGAUUCCUUACUCAUGCAGGUUUCCGAAAGAUGAAACUACCGUAUGAAAGCCCACCCCGAUGGGUGCCCCAGAUUGAGCUCGUCGGCUGCCGUCAGUUCAGGCCCUGGGGGGAGCUCCUCGUGGGGCAGGGAGACUCCCGUCAGUGGAUCCAACUAGUUCCAAAGAACAGUGUCUUUUGUGGGUGCCUCCCUCCCCCUGCCCUGCUUCUCUCCCCUUUAGGUAUGACCUCUGUGUGGCAGCCUUGAACGGGGCCCUCUACACUGUCGGAGGGGGGGCCUUCCGCUUCGAUGUCUGCACUGACGAGUGGACCCCCGUGGAGGAGGACGGCCUGGCUCAGAAGUUCUUUGAAGGAUGCAGCUCGGCCAACGGACGCAUCUAUCUGCUGGCGGAGAGGCGUGGGAACACCGCCGUCCCAAACAUGGUGAUUCUGGACCCCUACAAGGAGACAUGCCAGGAAGUGGGCCACAGUCUCCCCUGUCCCCUCCCCAUCCACGGAGUGGCCUCUGUGCGCAGGUUCAACACCUGGGAGUGGCAGGCAUAGCCACCUCCCUUCAGAAGAGAUCCCCGUGGCAGGGACCAGCCUCCAUGGAGGGUGCAUCUGAGUCUCCCUGUUCUGCCGACAUCAGCCCUGAGAUACGAGGGGGAACUCCUUUCACAGAUCCAUGGCGUGCAAGCAACCUUGGAGAUCACCAGGCUGUCCCUGGUGUCAGUGCGGGAAUCCCCGGCCGAAGGCCCUCCGGCUCCCGUACAGCCAGCCUCUGCGUUCAGCCACCCCAACGCAUCCCACAGGCUAAACACCCCCAAGGCUCCCAACCGCUGCUCUUCGGGCCCCACCUCACCUUGCUUGCUCUCCCCUGGAGACCUCUCCCCCUUUUUCAAUAUCCCUCCUAAAAUGUGGUGCCCAGGGACUGACCCAUGCUGCUGAAACAAAGGCCUCUUUUGGUCUCGGCCCAGGAGGUCAUUGCUACAAUUGGGGAGGUCCCGCCUGGCCCCAGGAAUUAGCUUAGUUUUACCAAGGUGGCUGAUCACUUUAUUCAGUCAAUUUAUACGGACACCCACUCCGCAUACAAGGCAGGGCAGUAAAAUCAAAAUAUACAAUGACAUAAUAAGAGUUAAUGCAGAUUAUCCAGAUCUUUCAGGCCGAAUGGGGUGGCUCUCCCAUCAGCGAUGGCUCCUUUCCAGACUCUUCAGUGGGGAGCCUAGUGGUGCCCCCGGCAUAUCGCCUAGUCUGGACAGAGAAUUUUCUUUGAUUCGCUUUCUGCCAGGUUCUCCUUGCAAUUCUUCUUGGAGCACAGCUGUUCCUUUGGGCUAGGGCGGCCUCUUGGUUUUGAAAGGGGUCUCUGAGCCGCCCUGGGGACCUUUCCAGAGCAACUCCCGGCCUGAGCUUUGUGUUCCGGCUGGGAUUCUUUUACUGCGCUUUGGAAUACCCCCCCCCCCCCAGCCAAGAGUGGGAACUGACCUUUCCGGCUCUCCUCUUCACCCCGUUUGCUCUCCUGAAGCCAUCGUGGGUGUGUGGGACUUUCACAGCGACCUACCUGCCCUGACGACUACAGCACUAGAGUCACUGUGAGGUAGUUCCCCUUUUUAAAAAACAGACUGAGGCUAUUUGGAGGGGUUUAUCUUGCAGGAAGGACUUCCCCCCGUUUGAUGGUACCUGGUGGCAACAGUUUGUUCCAGGCUUUCUUUAAACACCACCUUCAGCUGGAUUUCCUUUCUGAGGUCUCGGUGGUCUCCCGUCGCCCCCUGCCGGCCUUUGCCGUAAGUGCGAGCAGGAGGAGGGAUGCGGAGGCGCCGAUCUCGUUCUCCGCGGAAUCGUCGUUUUUGCAAAUUCAUUUGUAAUUUAAUUUUUUUAAAUUAUUUUUUUUUUAAUUUUAGGCUUAUAAACUCAAGAGGAUAUUUGUAGUUCAGGACUGAACUUCAGGAUUCUUGGUUCUCUCUGAACUUGGUGGGUUUUUUUUUCUUUUGGCAAGUGUUUCGUUACCCAACAAGGUAACAUCAGUUUUAGGCUUUUUUUUUUUUAAGUCACUGGCUUCAUUACCUCUUUAAAUUUGUGUUCAUAUAUCAUAAACUUACAAAUCUUUAAUAGUA